AUGCGAGGAACUGCAUUUCUUAAUAAAGAGAUAUUCGUUGUGCUGGAUAUUAUCAACAUCUUACCAUUUUUGAAUUCCAGUAGUGGUCCAGAGUUUUCUGAUUUCUGUUGUCCUUACAUUGUGGCUAAUAGGCUUUUUCCUCGGUCAAAUUCUAAACAGCUCCAAUCUGGCGUUUUGAAUUUUAAAUGCAAAUCGGGUUUCAUAACUUCUAAUUUCACUUUCGUAAAUCCUCACUUGGAUAAAGUGAUUGUUGGAAAUGCGGGCGAUAGUAGGGCAGUUUUGUGCCGUAAUGGCCUGGCUAUUGAAUUGUCAGUAGAUCACAAACCAGAAGAUGAGACAGAAAGGAGGCGAAUUGAAGCAGCAGGAGGUGAAAUCAGUAAUGACGGUCGAGUUAACGGUGGUUUGAAUCUGUCAAGAGCCUUAGGUGAUCAUUUCUACAAAAAAAAUGAAGCGUUGCCUCUGAAAGAGCAAAUGAUCUCUGCGCUACCUGAUGUAAAGCAAAAUGACAUCUUGUGCGACGACGAAUUUGUCAUUGUUGCGUGCGACGGUAUUUGGAAUUCCCUUAGUAGCCAGCAAGCUGUUGAUUUCGUACGACAAAGGAUAAAAAAUGGUCUACAUCUUAAAGAGAUAUGCGAACAGAUAUGUGAUUAUUGUCUAUCACCAAACACUGCAGGAGAUGGUACUGGUUGUGAUAAUAUGACUGUAAUUCUGGUACAAAUAAUACAUCCUACUUAG